AUGAAUAUUUUAAAAGAAAAAAAUUCACAACUAGAAGCAGAUGAUUUAUUUGUAUGGUUCAUAUUUUCUGCAUGUAUAUCGCCAGAAGAUGUUCAUAAAUGUACCAAGCAUGAAAUAGAUCAAGUAGCUGGGGAAUACAAUACUGAUUCAUGUAAUUAUCCAAGUCUUACUCAUAUUAUGUAUUUCAUAUAUCUUAUGCAUCAUGAUGAACCAUCAACAUUAAAAAUUUCUCAAGUAGCAAAUGAUACAUUAAUACGUACACAUGAUGAGUACAACAAUGUGAUGAUAGGGUGUCAAGGACAUGAUGAUACUAUUUGUACAUUAUUUUCUAAAUCACGUGAUCAUUCAUAUCGUAUUUAUGGUUUAUGA